AUGUGCCCGCCGUGGUCCGGCGAGAGCAGCAACAGCAACAGCAACAGCAACAGCAACAGCAACAGCAACAACAGCAACAGCAACAGCAACAGCAACAAAGCAUGCGAGGUGUGCGGGCGGUCGUUUGCGCGGCCGACGGAGCUCGAGCGCCAUGUCAACACAGUGCACAACAAGUCGCGCAAGUUGUUGAUGUGCCCGCUGUGCGACCCGGACCCCAACCCAGACUCUCAAACCGCCGCCGCCGCCGCCGCUAGCGCCCAGCAGACGUAUUCUCCCCGCGAUGCGCUGCAGCGCCACUUCAAGCGCGUGCAUACGAGCUGGUGUCUCGAUUCCCUGGGCAGGGCUUCCCGCCUCGCUGUUCCAGCUCUAGCCCCGGCCCCGGCUCCUGCCCCGAUCCCCAGCCCAGCGGCCAGCGCUGCUCCUCAGCCGUGGGGUGAGCCUCGAUGAAACAGCGUCGAGGGGGUGGUGUGUGGUUCACCGACUACCUACCUGCCUGGCUCCCUCCCAGCCUACCUGAUUAGACACGUAGAAUAUAGAAGGGGAACCAGGUUUAAGAUAUAGCGAAGAGAGGGAGCUAUUUGUGUUGCCGCCAGGGGAGGGAGGAGAAAGAGGAAGAGGAGAAGGAAGAAAAAGGCAGAAUGUCUGUCGUAGAUCGUGCUCGAGCUAUGACGGGGCCGUGGGAUGGCGCAACGUCCGGAUGCAGUGGUAGCAAUAGUAGGCACGUUCAAAAUGACGAGAAACGUUUUA